UUUCAACCAGCUCUUUCAAAAGACCCUAAGCAAUCACUACAUUGUUAGAAUCCAAAGCAGAAAAGUAAGCAGAUAGAACUUCCACAUAUAUUCGUAGUUUCAUUUACUUCACUUGGAGAUUUCCUUUAUUCCGUGCAUGGUUUAUGCCCUCACUCUUUCUUAUAAAUUAAUUGGUUUCGCUUCCUUGAAUCCAUUAAGAUUUUGAGGUCACCUAAUCUGCUGCAACCAACUGAUCUGUUGAGUGCAAGCUGUGGUUGCACAGUGUAUUCCUGCUGCUUCCCCAUAAAAUAUGGAUUCUUAUAGAGAUUUUACCUUAAGCAAGGUACCACGCAAGAUGAAAUCACGGCCUCCAGUAUCACAUGAGAGCUCAAGCAAGGAAUAUGAGAUGAAAAAUACGGCAUACAUUCAGUAUCUGCCACUGUAUAAGGCUGUUGACAUUGGUGACCUAGAGGCCACAAUGAAGUUCCUGAAAGAACAUCCUGAUGGACUGACUGCUAGCAUUUCAGCAGAUGGGGACACUGCCCUCCAUGCUGCGGUUCUGGCAGGGCACAUAGAGAUUGUGGUGGAGUUGGUCAACCAGUUGGAGGAAGUUGACUUGGAAAUCAAAAACGGAAAUAAUGCCACUGCGCUUAAUUAUGCUGCCAUCGGAGGGAUCACAAGGAUUGCAGAGGAUUUGGUAGCAAAGAAUGAAGGUUUACUUAAAGUUCCAAACCAGAAUGGCCUGAUCCCAGUUGUUGUAGCUUCUCUUUAUGGUCAUAAAGACAUGGUUCGUUAUCUUUACAGUGUGAGUCCGAAAGAAGAGCUCAGUCCAGCUACAAACAAUAAGAAUGGGGUUAUGCUUCUCACAACAUGUAUCAAUGACGAACUCUAUGAUAUUGCCUUGGAUCUGCUUCAACAUUACCCACAAUUGGCUUUUUAUCAAGAUAGUGACAAAGACACAGCUCUUGAUAUGUUGGCUCAAAAACCCUCUGCUUUCCCCAGUGGAACUCAAUUUGCUUUGUGGCAAAAAUGGAUAUACAAGUUUAUCCGGGUAUCUCAGCCACUUGCCUCUAGCAACAACCAUGGAGACAUUGAAAGGCCAAAUAGGGGACCAACUGAUCGAAGGAACAUUGUUAAACGAGCAUCUGACAAAUUGUUGGUAAUGGUUUGGAAGGCCUUGAGAUUUUUUGUUCCAGCUAUCAAGCAUAUGUAUAACCUGAAGUUGAUACAUGGCCAAGCACAUGCAGUUCUCUGUUGCCUAUGUGAACAAAUAUCAACUUUGCAUAAAUCAGAAUUCAAAGAAAUUGGUGUGUACAGAGCUGUAUUCAGUGCUGUUAAGCAUGGAAUUGUUGAGUUCAUCAUUGAAAUGAUUAGACAUUAUCCUGACAUCAUAUGGUCCGAGGAUGAACUUAACCGGGGCAUAUUCUUAUACGCAACCCUACAACGCCAAGAAAAGAUAUUCAGCCUUAUAUACAAAAUGGGAGCAAAGAAGAACUCUAUGGCAACUUCUUGGGACAAGUAUCAAAACAACAUUUUACAUCAAGCUGCAUUCAUAGCACCUUCCUCUCGGCUUGAUCGUGUUUCAGGUGCACCAUUACAAAUGCAAAGAGAGCUACAAUGGUACAAGGAGGUGGAGAGCAUUGUCCAACCAAAGUACAAAGAGAUGUUAAAUUCGUCCCAUAAAACAGCUCAAACUUUAUUCACUGACCAGCACAAGAAAUUACUAGAAGAAGGGGAGAAAUGGAUGAAGGCCACGGCUGAAUCUUGCACAGUUGUGGCUGCUCUUAUUGCUACCAUAAUGUUUUCAGCUAUCUUUACUGUUCCAGGUGGAUAUGACCAGUAUUCAGGCAUUCCUAUAUACUUGAAUCGGAAUUCUUUCAUGGUUUUCAUAGUGUCCGACGCAAUGUCAUUGUUCGCGUCUUCAUCAUCAUUAUUAAUGUUCUUCGGAAUCCUGACAUCGCGGUAUAGAGAAGAAGAUUUCCUCAAGUCCUUGCCUACAAAGUUGAUAGUAGGCCUUUCGUGUCUUUUCUUCUCGAUAGCAACCAUGAUGAUAACCUUUGGCAUUACACUUGUUAUGAUGCUUCGUGAACGUUUUCACUGGGUUUCCUUUCCGAUUAUUUUGCUGGCUAGUCUUCCUGUCACGCUUUUUGCUCUGCUACAAUUCCCUCUCCUUGUUGAGAUCUUCUUUUCCACAUAUGGACCUGGAAUUUUCGACAAGCCGAAGAAGUGGUGGUUGUUUUGAGCAGUCUAGAAUUCAUUUCAGAGCCUAUGUUCAAUACAUAUAUAAAGAGAAGGGUAGCUUCUCAAUUACCAUCAGAUAUUUUGAGAAUAUUAUCCAUCCUUCGUUGUUUGGAUUAUGAGUUGAAUCUGUUGCAUCAACUGAUGUUGUUGUAGUUCUUAUCAAACAAUUAUCUGAAACAAUACAACAACUUGCCUGCACUUUCUUUAUAGGGAGUAAAAGUGGAUUCUAUUUCCAACUGA